GAAGAUGAGGGUGUCGAACGUUUUGAUAGUCAUACUUUUUACAGUGUUUGGCGGUUUCGAUUGUCAAAUUCAUUAUGUGCCGGCUCAGAUAUUGAUUCCUACCAUUAAUGGGACACAUCUAGCUACAAACUACACGGUUAACAACAACAGUCACGUACCAAUAUUGCCUCAAUAUAAUCAAAAACCAUCAUCGUACUACAACUAUUCGAAGGAGAACAGUUCUUACAAUAUCACCAAAGAUGGCCAUUUGAUCAUUGGACAAAUCCAACCGUACGACAGAUUGCUGUUUAAUCAAGAGUAUUUCAAGUCGAGGCGCUGGUGGACCUACCGUGAGAAAAUCAUCGAAUAUCCGAAGGACCUCCCUGCGGGAUAUUCCCGGCACGAGACCAUUUCCGCAUUGAGGGUUUACAACAAAUUCUAUGAUGGAAACACAGCGAGGGCCACUAUAGAGUCGGGCGGAAUCGGAAGGCAAUACGUGAAAAUCAAACUUGAAUCUAGAUGGGGCAACGGUUUCCGAUAUACCGUACAAAUUUUUGGACACUAGAAUCAACGCAAAUAUGAUAUUCUCAUCGAAAAAUACUCGAAUUCUACAAGUCGAAUACGGCAAAGAACUAUUUUAAAUUACGAAUAAAUAUGAUACUCAAGAAAAUUAUAGAACUGCUUCGAAGUAGUGGAAAUGGUAUUCGAUGCCGACUGUAAGUUAUUGUAAUGUAAUAAACUUAUACUUUUGACCAUGUU